AUGGCUAUUCCAACCACCACUGUACAAUACUCCUUUCCUCAGAUGGGCUCUUACGAAAACCUGGUUAAAAGCGAAGCCCCUACCAGCAAAAUCAAAGCAAACGAUGUUCUCGUGAAGAUUCAUGCAACUUCCCUUCAAUACAGAGAUCUUAUGGUCUCUAAAGGCAUCUAUGGCACUGGCCUGCCCGCUAACCUGGUUCCAUUAUCGGAUUGUGCAGGUGAAGUUCUAGCUGUUGGCGAGGAUGUCACUGGAUGGAAGAAGGGUGACCGAGUUUGUCCUAAUUUUUCCACUGACCACAUACACGGCCGCACAACCCCUGCGAUUAUGGCGACCUCGCUGGGUGGUCAAGCUCAUGGCGUGCUCACUCAAUACAGAGUUUUCCCAGCUCAUUCUCUUGUGGCAAUUCCUGCUCACCUUUCUUAUGAGGAAGCUGCCACACUUCCUUGCGCCGCUCUCACAGCAUAUAACGCACUUCAUGGGCCCGUGCCAAUUAAAGCUGGAGACUUUGUCUUGGCGUUGGGAACAGGGGGCGUAUCUAUCUUUGCUUUGCAAUUUGCCGUUGCGGCUGGAGCAACCGUGAUUGCGACUUCAUCUUCUGACGAAAAGCUAAAGAUUGCCGCGAAGUAUGGCGCUAAACACCUGAUCAACUACAAUACGACACCUAACUGGGACGAAGAGGUCCUGAAAAUUACAAACGGAGAAGGAGUUGAUCAUGUUGGAGGCCAAGGAACUCUCGCAAAAUCUAUCAAAUCCGCCAAAACUGGAAGUGGAUAUAUUCAUAUUAUUGGGCAUGUUUCAUCUAGCGAAGGUGAUCCCAGCGUCAUUUUCCCAUUGAUUCGAGGCGCAGUGACGUUGCGCGGAAUAUUGAUUGGCUCUGUUGCGCAAUUUAAUGAUAUGAACCGUCUCAUCCUUGCAAAUCCUGAUACUACCAGGCCCGUCAUCGACAAGGUAUUCACUUUUGAUGAGGCUAUAGCUGCAUAUGCCUAUCUUGAGUCACAAAAACAUGUUGGGAAGAUUGUCAUCAAGGUUGCCUAG